GCCUGUCAGAGGGAGGUGGCGAUGGUGCGCUCGGUGGCGGUGGCGGUGGCUGCUGCCGCGGCUUCCUCCGUCAGACUGCCGGGAAGAGAAGAUGACUGACCAACCGACUGGCUGAAUGAAUGAAUGGCGGAGCCGAGCGCGCCAUGAGGAGCCUGCCGAGCCUGGGCGGCCUCGCCCUGUUGUGCUGCGCCGCGGCCGCCGCCGCCUCAGCAGCCUCGGCGGGCAAUGUCACCGGUGGCGGCGGGGCCGAAGGGCAGGUGGACGUGUCGCCGGGCCCGACACUGAGGGCCGAACCUAGUGACUUCUUCCCUAAGGAGACGGCUCCCACGGCCCAGGCCCGGGGGACCGGCCCCCCGCGCACUGCGGUCCGCCCACCCCCGGCUGCGACCCCAUCUGCCCGGUCCCCGGAGACCAGCCCUCCCCGGCUGACGUCGGGACCCGCUCCCACCACCCGGCACGCGCCGCCGGGCCCCUCGGCCAGCAGCCUUCCCGAGGCGGAGCGCACUCCUGCCUCUCCUCCGGACCCGACCCGAGCCGCGCCGACCCGUCACCCUUCGACGACUACUGGCCCGGCGCCGUCCGCCCCCGAAGCGACCACCGCUCCGGCGCCGCCGACCACUGCCGGGACCCCGACCGCCGCGCUCCCCAGCGGCAGCAGCAGCCGGGUCCCGCCCACCGCACCUGCCACCCAGGCCCCUUCUCCUCCUCCCACAGAGUAUGUGUGUAACUGCUCUGGGGUUGGAAGCCUGGAUGUGAAGCAUUGCAAUCAAACCACAGGGCAGUGUGAGUGUCAGCAAGGUUAUGAGGGUCUUCACUGUGAAACCUGCAAGGAGGGCUUUUACCUGAAUCACACUUCUGGCCUUUGCCUGCCAUGUCACUGUAGUCCACAUGGAGCCCUCAGCAUCUUCUGUAACAGUUCUGGGACUUGCCAUUGCAAAGUGGGUGUCAUCGGCGCUACGUGUAACCAAUGCCAAGAUGGAUAUUAUGGCUUUAGUAAGAAUGGCUGCUUGCCCUGCCAAUGCAAUAAUCGGUCUUUCAGUUGUGAUGCUCUCACAGGUGCUUGUUUAAACUGCCAGGAAAAUAGCAAAGGGGACCACUGUGAAGAAUGCAAAGACGGAUUUUACCAGAGUCCUAAUGCCACUAGAGAAUGUCUUCGCUGCCCUUGUUCAGCAGUGACAUCUACUGGCAAUUGCAUCACCCAAGUAGGUGAGUUGGAACCUUCAUGUGUCCAAUGUAAAGAUGGCUACACAGGCCAGAACUGCAAUAAAUGUGACAAUGGCUAUUACAAUUCUGACAGUAUCUGCACACAGUGUGAAUGCCAUGGCCAUGUGGACCCAGUUAAAACUCCAAAGAUUUGCAAGCCCGAGAGUGGUGAGUGCAUCAGCUGCCUCCAUAACACCACUGGGUUCUGGUGUGAGAACUGCCUAGAAGGCUAUGUUCGAGACCUCCAGGGAAAUUGCAUCAAGAAAGAAGUUAUUGUUCCAACACCUGAAGGUUCUACCAUUUUGGUUUCCAAUGCCUCUUUGACCACAUCAGUGCCCACCCCUGUUAUAAAUAGUACAUUUACCCCCACAACCUUGCAGACUAUCUUUUCAGUAAGCUCUUCUGAAAACAGCACCUCAGCUUUAGCUGAUGUCUCUUGGACCCAGUUUAAUAUCAUCAUUUUGACAGUCAUCAUCAUUGUGGUGGUGCUGUUAAUGGGAUUUGUGGGAGCUGUGUAUAUGUACCGAGAGUACCAAAACCGGAAACUCAAUGCUCCCUUUUGGACCAUCGAGCUGAAAGAAGACAAUAUCAGUUUCAGCAGCUACCAUGACAGCAUUCCCAAUGCAGACGUGUCAGGAUUGUUGGAAGAUGAUGGCAAUGAAGUGGCUCCCAAUGGACAACUGACCCUGACAACACCCAUCCAUAACUACAAGGCCUGAGGAGUUGUAGUGAUUUUCCUGGAUUGUUAAACCACAGUGCUUAUUAAGGCAGCAUCAGCCUCUGGGCCAGACAAAGCCUGGGUAGAAUUUGCUGAGAAAAGUAAAUAGUGCAUCUGAACUUUUCAGGUACAUAUUUGUAAUGCGCUUAUCCUGUGUCACUCUUAGUUUUCUAAUGAAGAUCUGAAGCAUUCAUUGUCAUGAAGGACUUGAAGUAAAGUCUAUUUUUGUAUCAAACCACAUGAGUGUAUGGAAAGGCAAAAUCCUGUAGUGUAAUCCAAUUCUACCUGGCCUCCAAAUGAGCUCUUGGGAAGUGUUCACCUCAGCAGCUCUAACAGUGCGGUGGAUGUGCAGGGAGAAGGGACUGAUGGAAGACUUCAUCUCCAUUCCUGAAAUAUGUUUUGUAAAGGAGGAGCAGGGAUUAUAUUCAUUUUGCUUUCCUAAUAUAUGUGAUUGAGAAAAAGCUGAUGUCUAGGCAAUAUCACAAUAAAAUGAUCUUGAUUGUUUCUAGAAUAGGGGUAGAAAAGUUCACAAAGAUCAUAGAAGGGCUUCAUUGUUUUCCUCCCAGGAUUCUUGCUCAAUGAUGGAAUUAAAAUACAAGAUAAACUUCUAACAGUAGAGAGAAGGAGGCAGCAAUAGGGAGAAAAGGAACCUGAUGGUCCUCCUCAGGGGCUCGUACACAUGAUAAGCUGUCUAAAAAUAAGGAAGAUUCCUGCCUCUAGAGAAUAAGGUGUACAUAGUAAAUGUAGCAUAUCUGCUCAGCAUUGUUCUUGUACCUAUUUGUAAAAAAAAAAUCAUGUCAUAUUUUAUCAUCUAGUCUUUAUUUGUACAGCAGUUAAUGGUGUAAAAAGAAAAUAAGGGGAUUGUUAGAAUACUGUAAAAUAGAUGGCAAUAUUGCUAGAGCUGGGACUCUGGUGAGCAGCAGUCAUUUUUAGUCCCUGUUUGGACACUGUUGAAAUUUAUAAGAGGUUGAAGGUUUCUAAUGUUUCUGUUCUCUCUAAACCUAGAGUUGUAUGCUCUUUGACUUACAUAGAAUCAAGCAAUAGAUUUUGAAGUCAGUAAUUGUUAAGCUGGGACACAGGCUACAUUCUCCAAACCACUCAUCUAAUUACAUACUAGCCACUCUGUAUUUUACACAGAUUAUAUAAAACACCCUUGCCAAAAUAGUUCUUUCCUGAAUGUAAAAGAUAGUCUUCCAAAGGACAGAUAUUUUGAGUUCUAAAAGAAGUCAUUACCUCACUUGGUAUCCUUCAUCUUCAUGCCUGUGAAAUGUUUGUGUCCCCUCAAGCUACAAAGUAAAUACUUCCUACACCUGAACAUAAACUACCAUCACUCAUGUGUCAUCAUGUGUCACCAAAUAUGAUCUGUCUUCUGCAAUGCAGUUCCAUUCUCUUACUUGGGUAGAGGGUAGCUCGGUAGUUGACUGUGUAUUUAGUCCUUGCUUUUACAUGCCAUUUUCCCCAGAGCCAACUACUGUUGUGCUCGUCUAUUCUGUAUUGGAACAUUGUGGAUGAAUCAAACCAAGAAAGGUGACCAGAAGUCAAAUGUAGACAUUUACUAGGAGAAACCACAAACUGUGAAGUGGUUAUGAAUGAAAACAGACUAGACCUGGGAAUUUCAAAUUGAUGCCUUUGUUUAACUUCCUCAGAGAAAAGCCUAGAAUUUGGCCACCCUCUAUAGUUGACAUUCAAGUUGUUCUCAGGGUUGGGAGAUGAUGCUCUAGAGGAGGGACAGCAGAUGAUCUGCUCUGGUAGUCUGAGGGUGCUCUGCAUAUGUAACCAUUUUCACAGGAGUAGACAUUCUAUUACACUGUAUUGAAACUGUAUAACAGCUCUGGGUGCAGCUCAAGUGGCUCAUCACAAGCCUAGUAUGCUGGAGACUGCUUUAAUCCCCAGCACUAUGAAAUGAAAUCUUUUCAUUGCCCUUUGUCAUUUACAAAACGCUUUUCCAUGUAUGUUCUUUGUUCCUUGCCAUGGCCUCCUAAGAAGCCAUUGUCUUACCCGGUUUAUAGAUGAGGAGGCUACGGCAUAGAGAGGCUUAAAUGUCUUGUUCAAGGCUAUCCAGUGCAUAUUAACAUUAUGCUUGGAGCCAGGACACUCAACUCUGGAGCAGUCUUUCAACUAUACACUAACACUGAAAUCAACUAGGAAGCUGGGAGGAAGAGUCCUAUUUGUGGAUGCUUCUAAUUUUUUUUUGAGACUACCAUGUACAAUUUAGGGCCACACAGCUACAGCAAAUGACUUUGUGGAAAAAACAUAGGAAGAUUUCUAUCUGAAGCCAGUAUUAGUGGUUAGAAAACAGACUGUCAGUCUAUGCUUCAUUAAACUGAAGGAAUCCUCGGGGGCGGGGGCGGGGGCUGGGGGGAAGGACUUGCUUUCCCAGCAGGUACAGUGUAAGUAUUUAUAGACUGUGUAAUGCAUAAUUCCUAGGAAUUGUGCAAAGUGGUGGCAUACCUGCCUUUGUCCUUGACACCCCAUUUCCUGCCAAAAAAAGGAACAAGGUCAGAAUUGAGGAUGAUGAAAAUAAAUAUUUGUUAAACACAAGUUAACCCAUUGAAUAAAAGAGGAAUAUUUUAUGGGGAAUUAGAGCCAAGGCCAGAUAGGAUUUUGGCCAUAUGGAGGUUCGAGACACAGACCUUAAAUGACACAGCAAAAAUUGAAUUACAAAGAAUGUUUCUCUUUACUUGCUAACAGUUCCUAGGUCACACUCUUAAUUUUUCAUAUUAGAAAAAAAUUAAGGCCUUACAAUUUUUAAAGCUAAUAUUCCUCUCGCCGGGCAUGGUAGCACACACCUUUAAUCCCAGCACUCAGAAGGCAGAGGUAGGAGGAUCACUGUGAGUUCAAGGCCACCCUGAGAUGACAGAGUGAAUUCCAGGUCAGCCUGGACUAUGUGAGACCCUACCUCGAAACCCCCCCCCCCAAAAGCUAAUAUUCAUUAAUGACUCCUGGUGUUUUACUUGCAGAAAUAAUUUUGCUCUAAAGUAUGAAUUGAUGAUGAGUUGAUACACCUUUGAAAUCAGGCUAGGAAAUGACUGGAUGCAAUGCAUGGCUUUCACCAUCCAGGGAAAGGAGCCUGCCCAUGAGUCCUAGAAAGCCUAAUCUUGGAAGAAUUUUUAUCUGAUUGAAAAUAUGUGGGCUUUUUUUUAACUAAAACUGAUGAGAAUGUUAUUGAGAAACUACAGUCACUGAAGAGAAGCUUGUACCUUCAUUGCUUCCUGUGCAUCUCUAAUAGUGGAUGCUUUAGUUGGCAUUGAAAAUGUCUUUUAUUUCCCUUACAUCCCCUUCUGGUCACUCUGUGCCUCCUAGGGCUCUCUUAAUAAUGGAAUCUCUCCAACUAUAGACAAAAAGCGGUGGUAAGAUCUCUUAUUCACAAUGAGGUCUUAUUGACCCAGUGCAAAGCUUUUACCAGAGAUUUUAAGCGAGGACAACAGUACAGCUAUGGGAUAGGAGAAGAGAGGGUUAGUUUUGGACAGGAUUUGUAUAAGGCCCAUGUGGUGUGAGUGCUCUCUAGCUCCAACAUCCUCAGGAUAACUAACCUGUAAAGCAACGCUCACUGACUUACUAGUUCAUUUUGUCAGCUGAGUGUUUUCUAGAUGUUUAGUCCUUAUGCAGCCAUGCUUCCUCUCAACAAAUUCACUUUGAGCUAGGUUAUUAGGUUAUUCUGCUGGCUGUGUACUUAUAGGAUGUUCUAAGUAUGACAUAGAAUGACUAUCCCCUGCUUCUUAUAUUUUGAGAUAUGUGGAUAGGAAUUGGACUACUACAUUUUUCAAGAAAAUGUCUCUGACAAAAUAUUCAGAGAAGUCAAAAGCAACCCAGGAAAAACCUAUCAAGGCAAGGACAGGCUGUCUUGUCUCAACCAUUAAGAACUUUUAGUCUGUUUUGAUCUUGAUAAUAAAGAGUUUGAGAACUUCCAUGGGUUUGGUGUCUGUGGCGGAGUAAUGAAGGUUCAUGUGACUUCUCCCUAAGCCAGUGACUGUGGUCUGGGGAAAAGCAAGAACUUGGACACAGUGAUUCAUCUGAAGAAGUUAUUUAAUCUCAAGUGGCUAAAGGUUGUGGCUCCGUGAAGUGCAGUGGUUGGAGGAGGCCUUGUCAAAGGCCAGUGGGAAUCUUUCUCACUUGUUAACUGAUGCAUAUGCAGAAACUGCAACAGCAGCCGCCCUGGUGCAUGAGCCAAAGCUUUGGGUUCAAAGAAGUCCAGAAGCCAAAUGAUUGAAAGUCAACCUUUAAUGCUAGGCACAAGCACUCUGUAAGAAGUUAAAUUUCAGCCCAAGCAACUAGGAAAUGUUUCUUAAAUAGUAAACUUGUAUUUAUGUCACUAAAAGUCUAACACAAAAUUUAAAAACAUGUCUCAUAUGUAUGCUGUACUAGGCUUCAUGAUGCAUUUCUAAAUUUGUGUAUGAUUUGAAUAUAUGAAAGAAUUUAUACAAGAGUGUUAUUUAAAAUUAUUAAUAAAUGUAUAUAAUUUGUA